AUGGUUUGCAUAACAAUCCUGGCCUUUGUGAUGGGUCGUGAGCCCCACCGCAUACCCGUCGCUUUAUACAGCGCCGACACCGAUGGCCAGUUAGCCCAGCAAUUCAUCGACACUAUAGACAGCCAACAAUUACAGGCCGUUUACUACCCGUCCAACGAGUCGGCCGUUGAGGCGGUGGUCGCGGGUCGGGCGCGUAUGGCACUGGAGUUUGGGUCGGAUUUUAGCAACGCUUUGGCCGCCAAACUCGCCGACCCGUUGCGAGUCAGCGACGAUGACCUGGAGGACAGUCAGGUGCGAGUGGUGGCCGACAUGUCUGAUCAGGUGGUCGGCGCGUUCGCCCAGUUAUACCUCGUUCAGACGUACGGCCGCUUUAUGGCCAAUUACAGCGCAGGGUUAGGCCAUAACUCACUUGCCUAUGGCCUACCGGUGCAGACUAGCUAUAUGUUUGGCGGUGGGGCUCAGUCCUAUCGGGACUUUGUGGCGCCCCCACUGUUAAUACAGCUCCAGUACACUAUGGCUAUGGUUGCGCCGGCAUUUGCUAUGCUGGGUGAACGUCUUAAAGUGACCAUGGACAGGGAACUGUGCGCCGGUGUCCGGCCCCUAGAAAUCUUGCUCACGCACGGGCUGGUCUAUGGAGCACAUGUGGUGGUUCAGGCGGUACUGACUCUGUUGUUAGCAUUUAACAUAUAUGGUUUUCCUAUGAUGGGAGAUCCGGUGCUGGUAUUAUCGUUAUUUAUUAUGGAAGGCUUAAAUGGUAUGCUAACCGGCACUGUACUGGCCCUGGUGUGUAAUCGAGAAUCCACCUUGGUGAUGUUUGUAGCGAGCACAUUUUUGACACAAAUAUUAAUAUCGGGCAACAAUUGGCCCAUAGAGGCAAUGCCAGACUGGAUGUACUACAUUAGUGUAUGCGCUCCCCAAACAUUGACCAUCGGUAGUUUGCGGGCAAUCAUGUUCAAAGGGGCCACAAUAUUGGCUACAUCUGUAUGCUCAUUAAACUCCAUUGGUUAUAUGCCACAAGAGACCGCACUUUACGGAGAGUUUACUGUAGACGAAACGCUGCAAUAUUACGGCCAACUCUAUGGCAUGACUGACGGUCAGGAAAUACAGCACAGGAUACUAGAGUUGAGGGCACUGUUGAACAUACCGGACACGAGUGGACGCCCAGUGUGUCGGCUCAGUGGUGGCCAACAGCGGUUGGUGUCGAUCGCCGUAACGAUGAUUCACACGCCGGCACUGCUUAUGCUGGACGAGCCAACUGUGGGCGUAGACUCACUGAUCCGGUACCGCAUUUGGCAACAUUUGCUAGACUUGUGCCAAAACAAUAAAGAGGAGGCACAGGGAGCGCAUACAGUGGGCUUUAUUUACGAAGGCAAACUACUGGCCCAAUCUAACCCCACUAAAUUACAACAGCAAUACCAAUGCAACACAUUAGAGGAGUAUGACCACAGCACACCUACCCAAUACGGAUGUUCAAUCAAUUUGUGUAAACUGGCGACGUGUGCGGACCCUGUUAUGGAAAGCAUGGCUACAAACACGUGGUAA